UUGGCUCAAAUGGAAUAUCAAUACUCCUCAUCUCCAAUGAUACAAAGUAUGAGCACUAGCAUGUUGUUGAUGAACACUCAAAAGAACAAUAAUAUGGUGGGCAACGACAAGAGAUCAAUAUUCUUUAGUAGUUACAUUGCCAACAAUACACAAUAUAAGAUGGAUAGUGAAGAUGAGAUAUUCAGCGAAGUGAAGGAGAGCAUCGCCUUUGAGAAGCUGGGCAACUACUCGGCGUCAAAGGCCGUAUUGAACAGAUCACGUGACAUCGUCGAGAGACAACUUGGAAAGAAGCAUCCCAUCACUCUAAACGUACUCUUUCGUCUGAUUGACGCAGAGAUGGCCAUUGGCGAGUUGGCACCCGCUCAGAAGCUGUGCCAGACAAUCCUCGAGCGACUCGAUCACAGCAACCCGGAAAUGGACCGAUACACAUUCCCAAGUCUCAACAACCUGAUCCUAUGCUUCCAGUAUCAAGGCGAUUUACAGUCUGCUGUGGAUACCGCUGACAAACUGGCAACAUUGGCUGAGGCCAGAUCAGACUGGACACUCAUGAUUGGCACUCUGCUCAACAAAGCCAUCAUCAUGGCACUUCAAUGCAACGAUGAUUGCAAACAAGUGUUUGAUCAAUGUGUCACAUUGCUCAAGGAUAAGAAUAUACCAACGACCAACAUCCUAUAUGAGACUGUAAAUGGAAACUACGCUAGCUACAGCCACUCAGUUGCUGAUGACUCGGAAGCGGAGGAAUUGUUCCAGACGGCACUGAAGUACGCCGAACAGAAUAACAAUCAACCAGAGCUGUCCAAUAUCCUCACCAACUAUGCAGAGUUCCUUCUGAGCAGCGAGCAGUUUGAUCGCGCUGAGAAGAUGUGCGAGUUGGCAUCGAACCAGGCCGAAAAGACAUAUGGCCGUGACAGCCCCAAGCUGGGAAUGGUCAUCUUCAUCCUGGCCAGACUGUUCAACACCAAGGGCAAUCAUGCAUGGGCCGAAGGCUACUUUAACAAGUGUAUCCGUCUGUUUGAGGACUAUCGCAAUAGGACCAUGCUGCAACAACGCGAGCAGAGCAACACUGUACAAGAGCAGACACCAAACGUGCAGCUUGGCAAGCGCGAGAUCGAGAUGAGGACCAACAAGGAGGUGGACAUCGACUAUGGCAGUGUGCUGUGGGAGUAUGCCCAGAUGCUGCGGUCCAGUGGACGUCUGAAGGAGGCUGUCAAUUUGGAGGAACGUGCAAGGAAGUUGAACGCCAUCGAUGAUGACUAG